UUAUCAGAAAGAUUGACAUAGUCCUACAUCUUUCUCAGAUGAUUGGAUGGGAGGAAUUUUUGACCUUGGAAAUUGGAGAUGAUGUUGCUAUGGAAACUCGUACUUCUGCUUUCGUUCUUAAGCUGUUUUGCAGAUGAAGAAAUUUAUCAUGGUCCUGCUUUUAUUCAAGAGCCAUCAGAUGUCAUAUAUUCAGAGAAUUCAGAAAAAUCAGAAGUGCUUUUGAAUUGUACAGCAAAAGGUUCUCCCUUGCUACACUAUCGGUGGAAGCGAAAUGGCACAGAUAUUGAUCUUAGCAUGAGUUAUCACUACAGUCUGGUUGGAGGCAGCUUGACAAUCAAUAAUCCACAUAAGAAACAGGAUAUUGGAACAUACCAGUGUUUGGUCACAAAUUCAUUUGGAACAAUUCUGAGCAGGAAAGCAAAGCUUCAGUUUGCAUAUCUUGAAAACUUUGAAACUAAAGCAAGAAGCGCUGUAUCAGUCAGAGAGGGACAAGGAGUCGUUCUAUUCUGUGCAUCUCCACCACACUAUGGAGGUUUAUCAUUCGCUUGGAUUUUCAACAAUAAUACCUUAUAUGUUCAGGAAGAUGAUCGGCGGUUUGUCUCUCAAGAAACAGGAAAUCUAUAUAUUGCCAAAGUGGAAACAUCUGAUGUGGGUAUCUACACUUGUGUAGUAUCAAACAGAGAAACAAAACAAAAUGUUCAGGGGCCACCCACACCACUUGUGCUUCGGAGUGAUGGUGUGAUGGGGGAAUAUGAGCCAAAAAUUGAAGUGCGUUUUCCAGAGACUAUACAGGCAGCAAAAGGCACAUCCGUUCAGCUGGAAUGUUUUGCCCUUGGAAAUCCUGUUCCCAGCAUCACUUGGAAGAGAUCUGAUGGUAUACCAUUAGCCAGAAAAAUCAGCACAUCAAAAGGAAUCCUUGAGAUCCCAGAUUUUCAGCAGGAAGAUGAAGGUUUUUAUGAAUGUAUUGCAAAAAAUGUACAAGGAAGCAAUAUUGCACGAGGCCAACUGUUUACAUAUGCUGUUCCAGAAUGGAACCAAAACAUUGAGAAUACACAACUUUCUCUUUAUGAAACUUUAGUUUGGGAAUGUGAAGCAACUGGCAAACCAAAACCUUCUUAUAAUUGGUUUAAAAAUGGUAAACCACUUCCAUCAGAGGAAAGAAUUCAAAUUGAAAAUGGCACUCUUACUAUAAGUGUGCUGAACAUGUCAGAUUCUGGUCUCUAUCAGUGUGUUGCAGAAAACAAAUAUGAUUCCAUUUAUUCCAAUGCUGAGCUAAGAGUCAUGG